GCCCAUCUAAACAGCGUCAGUUGAAGCUGCGUCAUGGCCCAAAAUGGUAGGCCGAAUUCACUUUCCAGGGCUCGCGCAGCUGAAGAUGGCAUCACCUGUUUCUCUUCUUUCCCCCUGUCGUUUCAGCUUCUUCUUCCCUGCGCCUCGCCGUAUCGGAUUCGCCAUCACUACCCGGAGUCGACUCCGCUGGAGCUCCAUGAGUCAGGCUUCGCCGGACUCCGUCGCCGAGGAUGUGAUGGUGCAGUACUUGGUGCUCAGGAGGGACCUCAUCGACACGUGGCCACUGGGGAGCGUGGUGACCCAGGGCUGUCAUGCCUCCGUCGCCGCCAUCUGGUCUCACCGGGACGACCCCCUCACUCUCCAGUACUGCAGCCCCGAUAAUAUCGAUUCCAUGCACAAGGUUACUCUUGAGGUAAAGGGAGAACCCCAGAUCUUGAAUUUGGCAGAAAAGCUCAAAGCUGGUGACAUUGCGCAUAAGCUUUGGAUAGAACAACCUGAGAACAUCCCUACCUGCCUUGCCACAAAGCCUUACCCCAAAUCUGUCAUAUCUUCAUACUUUAAGAAGUUGAAGCUUUGCAAGUGAGUGGGAGUUACAUUUUCUCGAUGCCUGACAGAUUAUUUCGUUUCUCUUCUUAAGCAAAUUUUUGGGGGACAUCAAGACAUUUCCGUAAUGGACCGCUGAGAAUCUUGUUACUUGGUCCCCAUUAAGAUCAGUGUUUGUACUUUAGGUGGAACAUGAAGACAUUCAUCUGAUAACUACGUGCAAAGGAUUUGUAACCUGUACAUCUUGUCUGCAUCAUUGUGAGAUGUUUAUAUCCCCUCUAUUGUGUCGUGCAAUUUAUUACCAGAAGAACCGCCAUUUU